CGUGAUCCUAAAAGUGCCACCUCCGCAGAUAGUUAGAUAUGUUUUUUUCAUCAACACACACACAGGGCAGCCUUGGCUUCGUUCUCUUGCUUCCGCUUACGUACCUACUUUUUUGCUCUUCCUGGUUGUCAGCAUUCUCAGGCUUCCUGGAUGUCUUAUUGUUUCGCUCCAGCACUGACGUAUGAAGAAGAAGGUACAGUAACACGAUUACUCAAUACAACUACGUAGUCGCAGAACAUUUCUUGUUCCUGACGAAAAGCACCCACACGCUCGUACAAAAUGUCUACCUCUGCUACCCUCACACAAGAACAAAAAGAUGAGAAGAAACAGGAUGUUGAAGGAAUCAGAACUCGGGAAGGCGAAGGACUCAUCACUCUCGAGGAGUUGCUUCAACAUAGUACUCCCGAGGACUGCUGGAUUGCUGUGGAUGGCGUUGUCUAUGUCGUAGACUCGGAAACGCAACAAGAACAUCCCGGAGGAGCUCUUACGAUCACUAGAGUAGCGGGUACUGACUGCACAGCGGAUUUUAACGACAUUGGGCACUCUGACUUCGCUUGGGAGUGGCUUAGAAGCUUGAAAAAAGUUGGAGUGUUGGACGGUUUCCCUGGGGACGUCGACCAAAAAAUUCAAAAUGAAUGUGGUGGCAUCAAGGAGGCGGCUGCGAGAUUGUACGAAGGCGUUUGCGGUUGGGGUGUGCUUGUGCUGCAGCAAUCUUCAUCCUGGAUGCAUACAGUCGGAGAUGUCCUACUUCUAGCCAUUCUUUUGGAAUGCUUUGCACAGUUCUAUGUCGGGAAGUGGGAUGGCGUAACCGUGAUGUGCUUUUUGCUGGCAGUGAUUGUCGGAGUUUAUUUUCCAGGCUACUUGAGCAAGAUAUUUCUGCGUCUGCCUUUCUCGUCGUCCUCGCUGGAAGAGGAAGCUGUAUCAUCCUCCAAUAUUAAUACGGUCACUGCAAGUACAACAAAUAGUGGAAGAAAGCGAGCCUCUUCCGAUGAUGAAGACCUCCGCGUGGCACGAAUCUUUGUGUACCCUAUCAAAGCUUGUGGAGGAGUGGAAGUUGAUAGUGCGGAAGUUACCGCACACGGUUUUAAAGGUGACCGGGAAUACGUUCUAGUGAAAGAGGACGCUAACGCCAAAAGCUAUUACGAUCUGCUGAAACCUUACGAUCUGGGCGCUCUUGCUCUUAUUCACCCGUCUAUGCCAAGUGAAAAAGGUAUGACGAUUCAGUUGGCCUUUGAUGGUGUUGCGAAAGGUAAGGAGGAAAAGUUUUGGCAGAAAAUGGAGGUGGAAGGAAGCAGUUUUGCGACAAGCAUCAAUAAAAAAGACAACAGCAAUCAAGAUGUUGAUACUGCCAGCAGGAGAUCGAUAUUCGUGCCCCGAGUCGAAGCACAAAUCCUGCCUGAUGGAGAGAGCAAUAAAAAAUCGAUCUUAAUGUACGACAAGUGCUUGAUAGAUGGCAUAGACCAAGGUGACGAAGCUGCGGACUUCAUCACGAAUUUUCUUAAGGCUGUACACGAACCAGAGCACAGUACUACAGACACUGUGGUGCCACGUGUUAGACUUCUGUGGGUCGCAAGCAGACAAAUCGCUAAUGCGAAGAAUCACCCAGCCGAAUAUUUUCAUCCACGAGCUGCGAAUUAUACGCCUUUUAUGUACGUGACUGAAGAGACGCUCAGGUACGUAAACCAAGGGUUGCGGGAAGAACAUGGACUGACGGAACCUCUACAUGUGACGACAAGAAGGUUUAGACCCAACAUUGUUUUUCGACGUGCAGAUACGAAUUCUCGAGACCAAGACGAUACUAUUGCCAGUGGUGCAUUCUCAGAAGACAGCUGGCGUUCUCUUACCGCAGGGACACAAUCUGGACGCAUCAAGUCACAGCCUGAAAGUCGAUUGCAACUCGACACAGUGAAAAGUUGUGGACGAUGCAGCCACAUUUUUGUCAAUCCUAUAACAGGCGAAUGCGAUGCUGACUGCUUGCAAAAGCUGUUGCGCAACAUGGAGAGAGAUGGUAAGGGAAUGAUCAAGAAAUUGGAGUCGAAGUUCCAACGUGAAGGAGCUACUGAUGCCUCUAUGCUUGUCGACCCAGUCUUGCCGCACUUUCGAGCGCACUAUCAAAAGUUUGUGGACGAAGGUCGUGUGGGGAAAGUCUUCUUAGGCUGUUGUGCGAAGGUAACCACGUCUGCUCCGCAUGAGACACAUGUGGAACAAUCCGCAUCAAAUACAAUCGACGAGAGGUGGACUACCUCUAUCGGCCAAUCUUGGACUGCUAAUAUUUCCAGAAGUCGAGUCUCGGACUUUCCCAGAGAGAUGCAGCGGGACCGCUUCGAUAAUCGUGAGACCUUAUACCACACACAAAAUCUUGCUUGUGCUUUUGGAAAUGAACUUGCGACGAAGUGGUCUAGAAGCAGAACGAGCAGUGAUGUCGAUGACCUGGUUCCUGUCCCAGUUUUUCUGAAUCCCGAAAAGAGAAACGAAAGGAAAGUGGGGAAAAUUACAGAAAUUGUUUCCCUCACGCACAACACGAAACGGAUUCGGAUUAGCUACAAUUUCGACGAUCAACAGCGACAUCCUUUCCUGGCAUCCGGUUUGCCGUGUGGCCAACAUAUCUCCUUGUUUUGCGACAAUGCAGCCUAUCAGAAAGAGAAGUGGAAUAACAAACUGCAAAGUGUAGCGGAAAAACAACCUUUGGAGAUUAAGCGGUCCUUUACCCCUGUUGCUUGUGGGAAUGGAUAUUUUGAUUUGGUGGUCAAGAUUUAUCAUGGAAGUGGUAGUGGGUGUGGGAGCUCAAUUACUAUUGAGAUGCAGGAGAUCGGUUCUUCGUCAUCGUCGCACUUUCCAGACGGAGGCCGCUUGACGCAUCACUACUUGGACAAGCUACACGUAGGCGACUGUCUCCAGUUUGCUGGUCCCUUUGGCCACAUUGAGUAUUUGGGUUGUGGAGAGUUUGCUACUGGUUCUUCGAGUGCGAAUGAUCGCAAGGCCGACUCCAAUAAGUCUCAGAAAUUCAGUCGUGUCGUGAUGGUAGCGGGAGGGACCGGAAUCACACCUAUGCUACAAAUUCUCAAUUACAUGUGUGCGGAGAAGAAGUAUCUCCGUCUAGAUGAAGACGGCCGUGGCACCAGGGUACUUCCCACAGUUGAGCUGAUUUACGCGAAUCGAUCAGAAGAGGACAUCUUGUGCAGAAAUAUGGUCGAAGCUUGCGUGGAAGAGGGCGUAUUGCAGAAAUUGGUGCAUGUCUUAUCUUCGAAAGCUUCUGCGUCGAGUACGACUAUAUCAGCGAACGCAGAAGUUGUUCGUGGACAGCAUGUGAAUUCGGAUCUACUACAAAAGCAUGUAGGAAGCGUUGCUGAUGAGGAGGAAGAUGGCGAUCGAGCUUUAGUGCUCCUGUGUGGCCCGCUGGGCUUAGUUGAUAGUGCUCGAAGUUGCUUUUCUGAAAUGGGUUAUUCGUGGAUAGAUGAGUUCUAGUUGCUUUUUUUUGAAUUGCUUGGUCUUAUCGUUAUAAAGAUAUGUACAUGUCGAUGUCGUGCACUGCCUUUUAGUGAAAGCCUUAGAUUAACACUCGAGGGCACUCACGACACUCACCAAGAAUAAGGUGAGUCAGACGUUUCGUAUUGUUGUUCUAUCACUUUUUCAUCAAAGUAUAUGCAUAGCCUUAGUCUCAGCGACAGCUUGAUGAUCUAUGACUUAGUCGAAAACAUACAGUUUGCCUGUUUGCUUGCAAGCGUCAAGACGAUAAAAGCUUUGUCAGUACCAACUUUCUUCUCGCAUUGGUGUUGGUGGUAGGAAUUCUACUCCUACUUGAGCAUCCUCUCCCUCAACUCCUUACACUAAUUUGCGAAUCGUCAGCCUCAGCACCACACCUGCACUGCACAGUAACAGUAAGUUUUCCGUAAGAAAUUACGAGAUGGCGAGGCCCAGAGGCAUG